AUGCAGUACUGCAGCGUGAAGGGCGAAACCGUCAAAACAGCCGAAAAACAUGAAAAGCAAAGUCCAGAAAUAACAAAAGAUCGUCUUUUGUUUACGCGACCGCGAAGGUACGGAGAUAUGGUUCCCGGGACUAUUGCCGGGAAGAUAGUGGGGGGAGUUUGCUCCCUAUCUGGUGUGCUUGUGAUCGCUCUGCCCGUGCCGGUCAUUGUUUCCAACUUCUCCCGGAUCUACCACCAGAACCAAAGAGCUGAUAAGAGGAAGGCUCAAAGGAAAGCCCGCCUCGCUCGUAUCAGAAUUGCCAAAGCAUCAUCUGGUGCCGCUUUCGUCUCCAAGAAGAAAGCGGCCGAGGCCCGUCUCGCUGCGCAAGAGUCCGGAGUCGAGUUGGACGACGCAGGCCGCGACGAGGACAUUUUCGAAUUGCAGCACCACCAUCUGCUAAGAUGCUUGGAACGCACAACGGGUUUUCAAAACCAAUACAACAAAAUAUUCCAGGAUCGUGAAUUUGUUGAAAUGGAAAAUCCAUUCAAUGGGGCCGCGAAACGGCCCGGGUCCCCGUCGCCACUGGCGUCGCCCGCGCAUUCGGGGCGCGCACCAGCGCUGCUGGCUUGUUGCGCGCGAUGCGGCUGUUGUCCACAGAAGUACCAGGUCCUGCUAUUAGACUCGAGUAGAAAACGAGCGCGCGGUACUCGACGAUACACCGCAACGUCGCGUCCAUCAGACACAUCUGUGUCCGCCGCGCCGAGCGAAGACCCCUUACCACAAGCUUGUGGCAAGUACAUUCCAGCUGGCAGCACAGUGCAAGGGAACCAGACUGGCGUGGCGAUGGAUGGUACAUAUCUCGUGGAGGCAUCUUUCUAG